UUCACUUCACUGAGCGCUUUUGUUGAAGUCCGGCGGGGCUGAUGCGAGUCUUCAGAGCGCUGCAGUGAUUCUCGGCUCACUUUAAGCGAUGUGUUGGGGCUAACUGCGCUGUGCCGCGAGAAAAAGAAAAAGGUUUUCCCUUCAGUUUUUUUUAAUUGUUUUUUUUUUUUUAUUACUGAUAACCCUCCCAGCCACCCCCUUACUGUGGAUAAGGAAUUGGAAGUGAAGCCGCAUUCCAGCGGGGCUCUGGAUUAUACUUUCCCAAGAGCGUUGGGCUGCCGUCAUCAUGUUCCUCUACAUCGUAUGCUUCCUACUGGCCUCUGAAGUGGUGUUCUCCACUGAUUGCCCAGAAUCCUGUUCCUGCAUCUCCCCAAACUCAGUGUUUUGCAUUUACAGGCGGUCCAGCACUGUACCCCGUGUCCCCAUCUCCACCCAGCAUCUAUACGUCUUUCAGAACGAUAUUGAAACCUUGGCCCAAGAUGACUUCAAAGACAUUGUCGAGUUGCUGUCACUGGACCUGAGCCAGAAUAAGUUAGCGGAAAUUCCUGACAUGGCUUUUAAGUCGCUGUCUAAAUUGAAGAACUUAGACCUUUCUGCUAACCAUAUAACUCACAUUUCCAAAGACAGCUUCUCAGGGUUGGGCCAGUUAGAGAGGCUGUAUCUCCAUGGAAACCUCAUUCAGAGCAUUCAUUGGGAAGCUUUUGAAGGUUUAGAGAUGCUGUUGGAGUUGAAGCUGCAAGGAAACAGGCUCACCUCCCUGCCUUUUCUCAAUUUCCCCAGGCUACUUCUUUUAGACCUCAGUGACAAUAAACUCCCAUCUUUGGAACGUUCACAUCUUCAUACUCCCCAUCUAGAAGCCCUAAAAUUGUCCUCAUUAGGGCUACCGUCAUUGGAUGAAAAUCUUGUAGCCUCCCUGAAAAACCUUCAUGAACUUGACUUGUCAAUGAAUCAGUUAAAGGAAGUCCCUCAAGCCCUGAAGCAGGAAUCCCUCAAGGGGCUUACGAAACUAAGCCUAGCUGCUAACCCACUUUUUGAGCUGAGGGUGAGUGACUUUCAGCAACUGGUUGCACUUCAAGAAUUGGAUCUAAGCGGAGUUAAUCUCCAGGGAUUUCCUGAAGGUUUUUUUGAAAGCUUCUCAAAGUUGACACAACUGACCGUAGCUGAGAACCCCUUCAACUGUCUCUGUCCACUAGCCUGGUUCCCUGUCUGGCUAAAAGAGAAGGAAGUCAAUUUGAAGCGACCAGAGGAAACCAGAUGCCAUUUUCCUCUCGUUAAUGCUGGGAAGACACUUUCGGCAUUAGAGCACAACGACUUUGGAUGUCCACUAACCACAACAGAAUCUGUUGGCUCCCCUGUAGAAAACACCCCAGUUCCCCAAAUCCCUACCACCUCUCCAGAAACCACCCAUACUAAUGCUAUCCCUCCCCCUCUACCACCUAGUGAUGAAACUUUUUCCUACAUAACAGACAACCCAUCCUUCGGAUCAGAUCCUCCAGUGUCUCCUAGCUCUACUGUUGUGGAAAACGAGUUACAUUUCUGCCCACAAAACAUCUGCUUGAAUGGAGGGACUUGCUAUUUUGACCCGAAUGGCCUACUCAAAUGUUUGUGCUCUUCGGGAUCAUCUGGCGACUACUGUGAAAUUCCCGAGGUCCCGCAGAAAUCUGAAACAGAGGUCUCUCUGGUGACUUCAGCAAUGCCAGAUAAACUAGAUGCGAUCAGCUCACGGGAGGUGACAUCCACAUCAAUACUCCUUGACCUGCACCGCUUCAUCGGGACACGGCCUAACAUUCGUGGCAUCAGGCUAACCUAUCGUAACCUCUCUGGCCCUGACCGUCGCCCUCAAAUGCUGAGUUUGCCAACAUACUACCCUGUAUACACUUUACGAGGUUUGAACCCAAACUGUACCUACUUGGUCUGUGUCAGUCCUCUUGGAGAAAAGAUCAUUUAUAAAGGCAACAGCUCUGUAGAACUGGGUCCCUGUACAGAGGCUCGCACUAGUCCUACUGUCUUUGUAGAACAUUUGAUAGAUCUAGACACCCCUAUGACAAAGAAUCUCAUUGCAGCGCUGGCGGUCCUAGCAUUAGUCCUGGUGUUGGUUUUGGUGGCUGGUACAAUCAUCUGUGUACAGAAGAAAAGGCAGGCAAAUUCAGAAAUGGAGCUAGAGCUGGGCUCAGCAGAUCCUGAGGCAAUAGACUUGGAGGGUAAAAAGGUUCAUCUAGAGAACGGAGUCAAUGGUACACUACCUCUCAAACAGCCCGAGGCAGAUCGCUGCCAGACCCCACAACUCCCUCCAUUACUGCAACAAAAUGGAAGUUUGGACUAUGAAGCACCCUUGAUGCAAGGACACUGUCCAUCAAAUAACAAUCAAGCAACACUGAAGCCGUCUUAUUUCUAACGCUGAGCAGAGUCUAAGCAGAGUUUCCAUUGGGACUUUCUGAACCUGCUAUAUCUCUCUUAGUUUUUUUCAUACCCAUAUCAGAUGUCCACUAUUGGAGAUAGGGCACUUUCUGUCCUUUGUUGUGCAUAUGAUGAAAUAACAUACCAGAUUAUAUAUUUAAGAGACUCAAAACAAUGGGAUUUCAGAUCACAGCAUAUUCCAAAUGUGCUUAACCACUAUGGGACAAUGAAGAAGACGCGAUUGAAAUUCAGUGAAUGGAGGAUGGCAGUGGAACAUCUAAUCCAAUCAAUAAAUCAAGUGCAAUCAAUUAGAAGGGUCUUUUUAGUGGACAGUGCCAGCUAGCAGUGACCUACUAUAACUCUACUUUUUUUUCUUUGCUUAAAAGAAAGAGAAAGACUUUAAUCUUGUUGCUGGAUAUGGGAAUACUGAAACUGAAAAAGUGCCUUGAACUGGAGAAGUGCCAGAGGUUUAAAGACAUGAAGACUUUUGAAUCAUACAUUUUAAUGUCAAUGGACUUUCAAGUACCUGCAAGGGAUUGAAAAAAGAAGUUGCACUGAAAACUGCAUUUGUUUCUUUUGUGAUGACUGCUACAAAGCGAAGAUUUGGAGAAGCAACAACAAAGUUAUGUUCGGAAACUUUGCAAAUUAUUACAGACUAUAACCGCUGUUCAAAGUCUGGAUUCAAGCGUCAACAUUGUCUAAUGUAAGGACAAAACAAACCUCGCCAACACAGAUUUGGGAUUCUGCAGUUUCUCCAGAACCACCACAGUUUCCUACAUGGCAGAGCCUUUGGCUUCUCUGGAAUUAAAUUUACUGUGAAAGAUUAAGUAAAAUGGACUUUAUUUGUAUUAUUCUGUGCCGUUACAGAGAGGCUGUUUUACCAGUUGGUUUUCUGCAUUUUUUGUAAAUUUUACUGCGUUUUUUUGUAAAUAGUCAUUUAGUAUUAAUAUUGUUGAGAGAUGAAGCAAUAGUUGUUUCUGCUCAAAGGGCAUAAUGUCAUUAUGUCUCAUCAUGUCAACUUUUCCUCUUUAUUUUUGUUCAGCUCAAGACACCUUCACUAUAUUCUAUGUCCAGAAUCAAGAAAAUUGGUUCUUGAAAAACAAAGAACGGAAAUAUGAUCACGUUAAGUUUGAAACAGAAAACUUGGACUACAGAGCAUAAUGCAAUGUACACCCAGGACAUGAGCGAUGCUAUCAAAAUGUCCCGGCUCAAAUGAAAGUUUAUCAAAAACCUUUGUAAGGUAAUUUGUCCAGUGAAGGGGAAGAAAUCAGGAGAAAUGUGGUAACUUAAAAACUUCACAUAGAGUGAAUGUGAGUUUUUAUAAAUGGUGGGUCAAGUUAUUGUAGGGGAGUUACUCUAGUGACUCCCUAGUCCACCUGAUGUUGCGUUUUCAGCAAACCCCAGCGAAGUAGGGUCUUAAAAAAUGGGCUGUUAAAGCAUAACCAUUACAAGUGGAAAACCUUCAUCACCAUGUAGAGCCGAGCUGAGCCACGCUGAGUAGGCAUUGGUGAAAAGAGGCCAUUAUCCAUAAUAUUCUUUUUGACCAUAAAAUGUAAUUUUACACUAAUACAAGACGUGGUGGGUGGAAACAAAGGUAAAACGUUGGUAUAAAAUCUAGUUGUAGUAAAACUCACUCCUUCAUUUGGCUCAGACAUGGAGAAAGAUGAGUAGCAUCAGAAGCUAAUUACUGCGGCAAAACAGCAGAAGGACCAUUUACAAAGACCAGUAAUGGGUUGAAUGCUUUAGAUGGUUUGUAGCAGCAGGGUACAACAAACGUAAAAAUAAAAAAAAAACUGUUGUAAAAUGACACAUUCUCCAACCUGAUAAACUUUCAUGGCAUUAACUGUGUCGUGUCUUUCUCCCUCUUUCCAAAUCCAAAAUUUUAGUCCAGAUUGUUUUAUAAUCCAAAAGAGAAACUGUUUGAGUGUGGGGUGGAACAGACCUGUUGUCGUCUAAACCUGUCGUAGUUCACCCAUACUUUCAGCAUAGAUUAACUUUAUAGUUCUUAUCAGGAGUAUAUCGUUUUUCCAAGUUAAUUAGGCACUAAACAGAUGGGAAUAUUUCAAUAUUUAAUGGGAAUAUGUAAAUUGACAUAGUCUCAUUAAACAAAUCUUGUUCUUGUAAAGUAACUGUCCUCCUGUGUACACCAGUACUGCACCAGGUGGUCACUUCUUGUUUUAAGAGAGACAAUAGCUUUAUGUGUCAAGAAGUAACGCUAAAAUCACUCAUCCACUGGAAAAGCAAUGAAUUGUGUUCAUAUUUUCAAUCAUUAAAAUACAGUUUGAUUUUGGGGUGUCUUUUGCUCAGAAAUCUGACAUUUGCCCUACAAAAAAAGAUGUAUCGUCAUGGUUAUUUUUACUGCUUGUCAUUUUUGUUAACAUCACUUAAAAGUUUCCUAAGUUACAGUUUGCGUAAAGAUAAAUACCAGUCUAAUUCUCACGAGACCUUAUCAAAGCACACCGGUAGCAAUAAAACACAAACUUAAAAAUGCACACAAGUUUGCAUUUUUAAUCCAAAUUUAACAUCGAAAUAGAAUUGCAAUUAAUGCUAUUAAUAUUUCUCUAUUGAAGAUGUACAACAUGUUCAGCUCAAAAUAAUGUUUGUGUUUGUUCUCCAUAACGGAGUAACAACAAUAACAACCCCGACACAGCAAGAGUGGGCUUCUGUGACGUGCAGCGAGACUGUGACACACUUUGGGGGUUUCCGUCAUACUUAUUUAUUUAAUUUUCAUGGCGGGGAAAAAAAUUAAUGAGAGCAAUUAUGUGUUUUUAAAGCGAUGUCAUUGUGAAAACGUUAAAGAGUCGCGUUGUGAUUUUGUACACAUCUCAAAAGGUUUUUUAUUUUGCCCCAUGCCACACUGUAUAAACUGGAUAAACUGAAACAUCAACUUCAUUGGAGUUAAAUUUGUCAAAAACCCUCAUUACUUUUUAAAAGUUUUGUCUAUUUGUUCAUUUUUCUGUAUCUUUAUAUAUAUAUAUAUAUAUAUAUAUAUAUAUAUACAGUAUAUAUAAACCAAGACCAUCCAUCACCAGUUUUGUCUUCCCGUUUUCUUUUAAACAGUUUUACAAAAUUUGUAACUAGAAGAUUCUCCAUUUUUCUUUGGCCAGUGAAAAUAGCAGGUUCUGUUUGUAAUACUUUUUUUUUUACACAUGCUUUUUAACAGUACCUUCCCAGUUUGUUUAGGGAAAAUUGUCUUUUCUUAUCGUUGUCUUCUUUGUUUGUUUGUUAGUUUCACUUGUAGCAUUUCUGUAUAUAUUUUACCAAUGCUGAGAACAGAACAGUAUUAAAAUGACUUAUUAUUGUUA